AUACCGUUCUUCCACGUCGGCAUCGGCCCGUACAUCGGCGCGUCGAUCGCGAUGCAGGUGAUGGUCGCCGUCGUCCCGUCGUUGAAGGAGCUCACGAAGGAUCCGAUCGGGCAGCAGACGGUGAAACAGUACACGCGGUACCUGACGUUCGUCGUCGCGAUAUUUCAGUCCAUCCUCACCGCGAACGAGCUGCGGCCGUACUACGUCGGCGGGCCGUUGAGCGGGUACUUUUGGCACGCGGUGCCCGCGUUCAUCUGCGGCGCGAUCGUCGUGACGUGGCUCGCGGACGAGAUGACCAACUACGGCUUGGGAAACGGCACCUCGAUGUUGAUCACGAUGAGCGUGUGCGGCGCGUACUUUAAAGCCGCGUCGUAUUACCUCACGUCGUACUUUGGGUCGAUCGCGAUCGCGCAAUUUAUGCCGUGGGUCCUCGCCGCGGUCGCGCUGACCGCGGGCUCCGUGCUCGUGCAGACGGGGACGUGUAAGGUGCCGCUGCUGUACUUUCAAGGGCCGUCCAUACCGGGGUUGCCGAGGGUCGUGCGAUCGGAGAUCGAUCACAUCCCGUUCAAGGUGAACCCGCUCGGGAUGCAGCCCGUGCUCGUGGCCGUGUUCUUGUGCGAAGGCAUGACGUGGCUCGCGGGCGUGAUGAACACGCCGGGGUGGUAUCAGGCCGCGUGCGCGUUUUUGUUUUCGCACGCGUCGUGGUUUUACUACGUCACCUUCUUCCUAAUCGUCUUCGGGUUCUCGUACCUGGACCUUCAAGACACGCCGAAGGAAGUGAGCGAGUACAUGGUGAAGAUAGGCGCGCGCGUGCCGAACGUCCGCCCUGGGGAGAAGACGAUCGAAUACUUGGGAGAGUUACAGAGCGGGUCGCGUUUUUUCGGAGGGAUCUUACUCGGCGCCGUCGCCGUGGCGUGCGCGUUCAUGGAUAACCUCAUGCGCGCGCGGUUCGGGACGAGCGUCGGGUUCACGUCGAUGCUGAUCGUGACGAGCACGAUCCUGCAGAUGAAGCGGCAGAUC